AAUUUCAAGCUCACUUGGGCGCGUUUCAAUCAUGUUAUUAACCCUUAGGUACAGGCUGGAUCUACUGUUUCUGAUUCUCUUAAGACUGAAUUGUUAUAAAGUCAGUUUUGGUGUGAUUGCACAUUGUGCCAGUCUGCACAAGAUAGCGAGCUGAUCAACAGGAUGUUUGGGGCAGGUCUGAUCCUGCUUCAAGUGUGGUGGCUAGCUCCUCUGCCUGGGGCUAGGUUGAAUGUGAUAACUGAAGGGUGAAAAAAUUAGGUUUCCCUGAUGAUCCAAUUUUUAUCAACCCAAGACUUUUGCUGUACAUAUGGCAGCUAUAUAAGAUAACAUAAAGAGUUCCUCGGACAAAAAUUGAAAAGCCUUGACUUCAGAUCUGUAGUAAUGGUUUCUUAUCUUGUCUGGUAUGUGCUUGCUUGUGGCCCCGAAGUCCACAGGGAUAUUUUGCAGCAUAAGUGGAGGUUGAUUACAACAAGCUAAAAUGGAUUCUCGUGGAGUAAAUGAGACAGUGAAAUUGCAAAAAAAUCUGUCCGACCAACUUGAUCGCCUUAUGGCUCAGCUGCAAGACUUGGAAGAUUCAAAGGAUGAACUGGAUGCAGAGGAGUACAAUGAAACUCGCCAAGAGACUAUUGAGCAGCUGAAGGAAUUCCAGCAGAAGCUCAGUGACUUCAGUGAAGGGAAUAUCUCCUUGGUAAAUCAAUUUGGCGCCACUCAGUUGGCCAUCCAGGCGGCCAUUACGGAGGCGUUCCGCACGCCCGAGAUCAUCGGCCUGUUCGCGCGUCGCCAGCCGCAGGGGCUGCGCGAUCGGCUGGCUCAGCUGACGCGCGACCACCGGCUCGGCAAGCUAGCCGACGAGGCCUUCGCUCAGCAGCGGCUGGAGAUCCUGUCGGCUCUGAAGAAGCUGGGCGAGGCGCUCAGCGCCGAGGAGGUGCUCUUCAUGAGCACCAACACCACCGAUGACCUGCGGCAGUUCAUGCUGGACGACAUCAACAUGUCGUCCGACCGCGUGGUGCGGAUGGCCCAGUCGGGCCUCUCUGAAGGCGGCACCUGAGGGCCGCGCGUGCCGAGACCGCCCGCGGCGCGGACGACAGCCCACCGGCCCGGAGAGUGCACUCCUCUGCUGUGAGAUCCGCGCAGUGUGCGCUAUCGGCGAUCGUGAGCGCGAGAGCGGUGGAGCGAACUUCGGCUUAUCAUGCUGUUCGUAGUGCGCUUGGCUGAUCGUUGCGUUUGCGCUGGAGUGGCUGUCGCUUACCAGUCUAGUCUGGCCAGCGUAGGCCUGACGCGAGCGGCGUCUGGAGGCUCAGUUUGCGAAGAAACGCUGCCGAUGCUACGACAGCGGCGCUGGUGCGGGCGGGGUGAUUACCGCUCGGUCUGCCGGGCUGUCAGCGUCGCUCGAGUAUUUUUGCUGAUUGGACGUGUUGUAUAUUCUGGGGUCCCUCCGCGCCGUCUUGUGGUUGAAGAAGGCGACGGCGUGGGAUGGGAACUGUACAGCAACUGUAUGUGUUCAGACGCAGACGACCGCGCUUCGCCGUUUACGGAUCAUCGCAGCCAUCACGUGCUGCUGUCUUUCGUUUGGAUGCCAGGCAUUGGACCCGGUCAUAUUUUUAGUUUUGCAGGUUUUUUUGCAUGUUGUAGGAAAGGUUGCGACGCGUUGGGCAUCCCAUGCGCGAAUAUGCCUGCAUCGCAGGCACGAAUAAAGUCUGUAAUGCGA